AUGUUGCUGACCCUAUCGGCGUCGUCCAUUCCGUCGGAUUCCCUCGCUUUGCGCUCCACAACGCGACGCCCCUACUCGCUGCCGUUUCGCGCCCUUUCGCGCGCCGCAGCCCCCGGCAAGGAGGGGGCUUUCGCCGCGUUCGCCCCCCGCACAUGCGUCAUGACCGCCGCUGCGCCCAUCGCGGACGAUCUGCGCGCGCUGGACAGUGGCGCUCACCUUCCCCCGCAGGACUCCGCGGGGAAGAGCUCCGCGGACUUGGAGCGCAGGGAUGAUGUCGCGCAACAAUCUCGCGGGGAAUGCUCGCACGCGGAGAAGCGGAAGCUGAACGCCAGCGCCGAUGCCGACGAAUGCCGCACUGGCGGCGAUGCGGCGGCGGCGCCGCCCGAGGGAACGGAGAGCAAAGCCGACUCGACGAGAUCCGCGGAACCCGCCGCGAAGAGACCCCGCGGGAGCGCCGAUCCCGGCGAGAAACCGCCACUGGCGCAGCUGGCGGAGACGAUCAACCGCGGCAGUGGCGGCGGCAUCUCGCCGCGCCCUGCUCCCGCCUCACCGCCCGCCGCCGCGCCUCACCUUGCGCCUGCGGUUGCUGCUCCGCACCACUCCUCUGAGCUUCCGCCCCGCCUCCCCUGGGCGUCGCCGCCCGUUGACUCGACGGUCAACGCGACCGCCGGCUGUCCCGCUGCUGACGUGGAUGACAAGUCGGGGGAGAGCGGCGGCGCGGGGUUGGAGGAAGAGGAUGAGGCGGAGGGGGAUGAGGGCGAGGGGGAAGGCGAGGAGGCGGUUGGCGGGGUGACCGCCGCGGAUGGCGGCGCGUGCGGCAAGAAGAAACGGUACCGCUACAAGCGGCUGUCUAAAGCGGGUUACAUUCCGGACGACGGGCAGCACUGGCACAAAUACGGGCAGAAGAAUCUCGUGGAUGCCGGAUACUGCAGGGCGUACUACCGGUGCGCGCGGCGGAGCGCGGGGUGCGCGGCCAAGAAGACGAUCGACUUCCCCAUUCGCUGGGGGCUGGACAUGCGCGUCACGUACAGCGGCUCGCACACGCACGGCCUGCCGCCCAGGCUGCAGCGCGAGGUCUUCACAUACGCCACCACGCCCGCCCAGCUGCCGCCCAACAUCUCCGUGCCGCCCAACGUGCUCGCUGCUGCUGCGGCUGCCACUGCUGCUACAGCCGGGGCUGCUACAGCCGGGGCUGCUACAGCCGGCGGUGCUACAACCGGCGCUGCUAGCUCCUCUGCUGCGUCUGCGGAAUCCAAUCCCGCCAAUGCCGGCCCGUCCCCCAUCUCCCCUCCGCUCACUGCUUCCCCCGCCCCACCCGCCCCUGCUCCUGCUGCUCCUGUUGCUUCUGCUCCUGCUGCCGCUACUCACCCUGCUGCCUCUGCCCCUCCUGCUCUCAACUCACCUGUUGUGCGCGGGGCUGGUAACCAGGUAACUGGUAACACCGCGCACGCAUGCAGCCCCGGUCACCACGUGCAGACACGGCCCACCCAGACGCCUCCUCGCUUCCUCUCUCCACAGCAACCCCAGCAGCAACCCCAGCAGCAGCAGCAGCAGCAGCAGCAGCAGCAGCAGCAGCAGCAGCAGCAGCAGCAGUACCAACCGCAGCAGUAUCAGCAGCAGCAGCAGCAAGCAGCACAGGGCUACCGCUUCAGCCCCACAACGCAACAACCCAUGCCACCCAUGCUCGCGCCUUACGCCGGCGCUGCGGGGUGCACUGGCAAAUCGCAGAUAGCAGUGCACUACCAGCCAGACACGCUGACUCAGCAAGGAGUGGUGGUGAGUCAGCAAGGGGUGGUGAUGAGUCAGCAAGGGGUGUCCAAACGCCCGCCCAUGCUGCAGGCCUCCCCGCAGCUACAGCCGUCCCAGCUACAGCCGUCGCCGUCCCCGCUACAACCGUCACCGCGACAAUCGCCAGCGCUACAGCCGGGGCUGCUGCAGCUACAGCCGUCAGCUUCGCCAGCGGUUACCAGAUCGCACAGCACCCGAGCAGCAACUACCCCCCACGCGCACCACUUCUCUACUCUCAGUGCUGCUGGUGGGGCCAGUCAAGAGGGGACAGGAGCACAAGCAGCGGCGCAAGCGGCCCCUCAGGCUCAGCAGGGGGAGGGAAUGAUGCUGCUGGGGAAGUUCAUUCCAUCGCCCUCCCCGUCCCCGUCCCCGUCCCCGUCCCCGUCCCCUUCCCCUGGUGACUCGCCGCGCAGACGCCUGAAAAGAGAGGAACCGUUUCCGGUGUGUCGGGAUGAGCAGCAGGGGCGCGUGGCGAGGGCGAGGGGGGGAGGUGCGAGGGGGAGUGGAGGCGUGGUGCAGCGGCUGACAGCGCAGUUUGAUGCUCAGUGUGAGGCACGGGGGGCUGCUCAUGGUGCUGCUGGUGCUCAUGGUGCUCAUGGUGCUGAUGGUGCUGCUGGUGCUGGUGCUGCCGAUAGUGCUGCAGGUCCCAUACAGCUUGUUGCUGACUUGAGAGCAUCAAGCCAGAAGGAGGUCAACCUGAACCUCUCUCUCUAG